AUGUUAUCAUCAGUAUUAAAGGAAGGUGUUAUAAAGGUGGGGUUGGUGGGUACACGUUAUCUUCCUGCUGCAAUUCGUUCUCUUCCUCGUCCUCAGCAGCAACAACAGCAGCAGCAGCAGCAACAGCAACAACAACAACAGCAGCAGCAACAACAACAACAGCAGCAGCAGCAGCAGCAAAAAGGAGCAAUUAUUAAACCUAGUGGGACCUCCUUUAGGGUACUAGAGGCAGCAGUGUCUCUUUUAUCAUUUAAUUAUGCAAAAAGAUUACCAGGGGGGGGCCCCCUACGUAUAGAGUACCGUAUAUACAGCAGCAGGAGGGCCCUAUUUGCUGCUGUUGCUGCUGGUCAUGUACAUCUUACGGAGCUUGCUGCUCCUUAUUCAAGUGUACAGACAGCAGCAGCAGCAGCAUUCCCUUCUAAUAGAUUGCAUGCAGCACUUGCUGCACAUACACAACCCUACAGCAGCAGCAGCAGCAGCAGCAGCAAUAAUCAGCAACAGCAGCAAGAAGAAGAGGAGGAUAUAGAUCUAUUACUGCAGCAACAACAGCAACAACAACAGCAGCAGCAACAGCAGCAGUAUCAGCAACAGGAGACAAGGGACAAAUGGGUAUGGGGUUCUUCUUUAUUUUAUUCAUUAGUAUCUGCAGGGGCCCCCUGGGCAGGGGCCCCCUUGCUGCUAAGUUGUUCACGUUUGCUGCGUCUGCAGCGUAUAAGGGAUCUAAGUCUGCUGCUGCAGGAGACAGGUAAUGUGUCUCCUUUUAUCCUUAUUGAGUCCUCCUUACCAGAGAUAGCAGACAUUGUCUCCUCCCUCCUCCCCCCUAAUACUGUCUAUACCCUUGUUGAUUUCUCCUUUAAGGGGGGCCCCCUACCUCCCCCUACAGGCGCAAAAAGUCCCCUUUGUACCCAUAAAAGGGUAGGAGGGGGGCCCCUUGCUACAGCAGCAAAUGCUGCAGCAGCUAGUGCAGCAGCAGCAGGAGGUGGUACUGCACCAGGAGGAGCAGCAGCAGGAGAGGGUAAUUGGGGGCCCCGUGUAGUAGGCAGUAAUACAGAUGGUUGUAUAGGGGGGCCCCCAUCAGGGUACUGGGAGGGUAAAGGGGUACUAUUAGGGGGUAAGGUACUCUUAUUGUCUCUUGUUGAAGCCCUAGCUGCACUGCAUGCAGGUGCUGCUGUUGCGCUGCUGCAUGCAACACCAUUAGGGGAAGUAUUAUUAACAAAAGGAGACAAAGAGGAGACACAAGAAACAAAAGGAGACACUAUAAAUAACCAGGAAAAGGGGGCCCCCUUAGAUGCAAGUGGGGGCGUAACGGGGGCCCCCUCUCCUACUAGUAGUAAUAAUAAUACUGCUAGUACCCUAACGGGGGCCCUUCCUUGGCUAUUAGAAGCAGAGGCAGAGGCAGUUAUACCCCUGUCUCCUUUUUACCCUAAGAGGGGGGCCCCCUACUGUAUCCCUAGGGACCCUAAGGAAGAGUUUGCUGCUCUCUCUGCUGCUGCUGUUGAGGCAGCAGGAGAGACAAGGAGACUCUUCCUUAUGCCCGAUGACGAACUAUAA